CUCAACAAUCCUCCGGUGCUGGUGUGCUGCCAGGAAGGAAAGCUUAAUUCAAAAUGAAAUUCCUCCUCCUCGCUGCCUGCGUCCUGGGGAUGGCUUUAUGUGCCCCUCCGCAGAUGUUCAUGGAGUUUGACAUCCGUCACGCUCCGGCUCAGGCAGUCAAGGCCAUCCCUGCUGGAGUCCCACUUGAAACUCUGGAUGUUCUGCUCCCAGUUGAUGCCCAGAGAAAGCUUGUUAGAAGACCGGUCCGUGGUUUCAUCAAGCAAGAGAUCCUCGAGCCAAAUGGCAGAGACACCGUCGAAAUUUUCUACCCGUUUGGAUUUGACCUGCCGAAGGUUGCUGCUGCUGCCCCUGUCGCCCCCAUCAACCCUGUUGUACUUGCAGCUCCUGCAGUGCCUGCAGCUCCUGCCGCUCCCGCUGCACCGGCUGCACCUGUCAAACCCAUCGCUGCUGCUCAUGCUCCCGCUCCCAAACCCAGUGGGGAUGAUGAUGAUGAUGAUGACGACGACUAGAAAAAUUGGAGUCAGCAGGAUGUGCAUGUUUGUGCACACACAGGUGCACAUGCACACAAAGCACACACUCACAUACUCUGAAGACACGUGGGGUUACUUUUUAAUUCAGUGCAAGGUGGUGCUCUGCUGUUUUAUGAAAAGAUGGUGCUGUGUUUUCUAUGGAA